AUGUCAGGAAUAAAUUUAGAAUCGAUAACUACCCCAAUUCGAACGCCAGUUGUAAUUAUCAAACCUAUUCUUUACGGAAAUACAGCGAAACAUCUCGGUACGAAACGCGAUACAGAUGGACAUACGCAUAAAUGGAUGAUCUACGUUCGGUCAUAUAACAACGAGGACAUAUCAGCAUAUAUAAGUAAAGUGCAAUUUCGUUUACAUGAAACAUAUCCAAAUCAUGUCAGAAUUGUUUCCCAAGCACCCUUUGAAGUCGAAGAAAGUGGUUGGGGAGAAUUUGAAACACAGAUUACAAUCUUUUUUGCGGAUCCAAAUGAAAAACCAGUGACGUUCUAUCAUCACUUGAAACUCUUUUCAACAGAUACUGAAGUGGUUGCUGGUACCAAACCAUUGAUCAAUGAAAACUAUGAUGAAUUAAUCUUUCAAGAACCAUCUGAUCUGUUAGUUCGUUUACUUAACUGUGCGAAAUCAUUGGCGCCACCUACAGAUGAGAAUAUUGCGGUUGAAAAAGAAUACGCUUCGAAAAAGGCAGAUACGAUUACACGAAUCAAACAAGCUCGUCAACGUGUUCGAAAUGAAAUUCAAGAUCUAACUGAACGUCUUCGUAUUACUCAGGAAAAUAUCAAACGCGCUCGACAACGAGUAUUGGAGAAUCAUACCUCGUCAAAUACUUCAUUGAAUGUCUCAACACACGAAAAUAUCAAACGUGAAAUAGUCGAUUGA